UCAGAGUAAUGCCAAACUCUCUCUGAGUGGGAUGAGCAGAGCAGAUGCUACAGUGAGAUGCCAAAGCGGCUCCCCUUCCUCUGUGCCUUGGGUGCCUAUAAAUUGCUCCGGCGCGCGUUUGUCAGCCUCCUCUUCUCCUGGCAGGUGGUACCCAGGCAGAAUUCUGCGUUCAGUGUCUCUCUCGCUCCGCUCCCGGCGGCGAGGCGCUCGUCGCUGCUCACUAGCUCCUCCGCUCCAGCCCGGAGCCUCGCCGAGCUGACCGUGCCCGCCGCCGCGGCUCCGCGCACCCGGGGGGCGGCUGGCCCGAGCUCUCGCGGCCAGCGCCGGUCGUUGGGGGUGCGCAUCUAUUAGAGUUGUGGUGGUGGCAAAGGAGGGGGAGAAAGGCAGUGGAAGGGCGAACGGAGCAAGCGAAAGAAGGAAAGAAGGAGGCAGAAAAAGGCAACUUCAGACGGAAAGUUGGUGCGAACUGGCGCAGUCGGCAAAAACGGAAAAGUCGAUCGCAGGCAGCGGCAGCAUAAAAGUGUGAGCUGCCCGGGCCAGCACGAGAGGCGGCGGCAGGCUCUGCCCUCCGGGUGGCCGCGCCGGCGCCGGCGGCAGCCACAGGUGCGAAGGGGCUCGCGGGAGGCGAGAGGGCGCCCUGCGCACCCCUCCCCCAGCCCCCACCCCCAGCCCGGGACUUCAGCUCAAGUCACUUGGCGUCCGAGCUCCCUCCCCAGCCGCAGCUUCAGCAGGGGGAGCAGGAGCGGGAGCAGGCGGGGAGCGGCCGGCGCGCGCCCGCCCAGGGGAGUUGGGGUUCGCAGGGGGUUGUUUUCGGCUCUGAGGAGGUCCCCGCCCAACCUUCAAAAUUUUGUCCAAAAGCAGACAAGAGGAUCGCCCCGCGCUGAGCCGGCUGGUGGGCAGCAGGAGGCGCCUGAUCGCCGCCGGGGCGCUGGGGGUGGUGAUGGUGCUGCUGCUGGUCAUCCUCAUCCCGGUGCUGGUGAGCUCGGCCGGCACGUCGGCGCACUACGAGAUGCUGGGCACCUGCCGCAUGGUCUGCGACCCCUAUGGGGGCACGAAGGCGCCCAGCACCGCCGCCACGCCCGACCGCGGCCUCAUGCAGUCCCUGCCCACCUUCAUCCAGGGCCCCAAAGGCGAGGCCGGCAGGCCGGGGAAGGCGGGCCCGCGUGGGCCCCCCGGUGAGCCCGGGCCGCCGGGUCCCGUGGGCCCUCCGGGCGAGAAGGGCGAGCCCGGCCGCCAAGGCCUGCCGGGCCCGCCCGGGGCGCCCGGCCUGAACGCGGCCGGGGCCAUCAGUGCCGCCACCUACAGCACGGUGCCCAAGAUCGCCUUCUACGCCGGCCUCAAGCGGCAGCACGAAGGCUACGAGGUGCUCAAGUUCGACGACGUGGUCACCAACCUCGGUAACCACUACGAUCCCACCACGGGCAAGUUCACCUGCUCUAUCCCGGGCAUCUACUUCUUCACCUACCACGUCCUGAUGCGCGGAGGGGACGGCACCAGCAUGUGGGCUGAUCUCUGCAAAAACAACCAGGUGCGAGCCAGCGCCAUCGCCCAAGACGCUGAUCAGAAUUACGACUACGCCAGUAACAGUGUCGUUCUUCAUUUGGAGCCAGGAGACGAAGUGUACAUCAAAUUAGAUGGCGGGAAAGCCCACGGAGGGAAUAACAACAAAUACAGCACGUUUUCUGGAUUUAUUAUUUACGCUGACUGAUAACGCAGAAACUAAGCUUAUUAUUCUGAGUUUGGACACUGGAUUCGGAUGGCUAACGUCAGUGAAUCAAGGAUCCCAGGGGAUGCCGGUUGCGGGGCACCUCGGUUGUGUAUAUGUGGGGAAUUCAAAUGCUACCUGACUCACAUCUGUAUACUCAGAAACAUUAUGUAAAAAAAAAAAAUAUUAAAAGCAAGAUAAGCAGAUGUGUUAUCCACUACCGCCAAAGCAAAUACUCCUCCUUAUCGUUAGUGUCCAUGUGAAUGAAGUCCUAUAUAGAUCACAAAUUUUUAUAGAAAAAUCUGAGACACUGAAUUAUUUCUCCAAUAUAUAUGAUACUUUGGUGUACUGUGAUCUUGCUGCUUUUAUCCAUAUGUCAGCUUUGGUUCUUGUGAGUUCACCUGCUUAUUACGAUACUUGGAGUCCAUUCACAGUGUGGGGAGGAUGAUUUUACCCUGCAGGAGAAGGUCUGAUUGAAAUAAUGCUGCUUGUCCCCAAAGAAAUUGUUUGCCUUGUACUUUUGUUAACUUUAGAGCUAGUCCUGGGAAUGAUUCAACUUCAAGCCUUAACCUGGAAUUUUCUGGAUUUGAGGGAAUUCCCAAGCCUAUGAUCAUUUUCACAUUUUCUUUUUCUUACGAGUUUUCUUUUCUCUCUUUUCUGGUGAUAGUCUUUAAAAAUAGAGAUCGAAAUUGUAUCAUAGGAUUACCCUCUAAGUGUGAAAAUGUGUAAUUAUGUAUGGUAUUUAGAAAAUCCCCCAUGUGUCCAUUUUGUCAAUAGAAUGUGUUUAGAUUUACUUAGAAAGUCAGAGAAAUUUAUUCUUUGGUGUUAAAUCAGAUUGAGGCUUUUGCCUUCUUUGGAACAAAAGAUUAUUCAUAACCCAAUGCACAAUGGUUUAAUUUGAGCUACUGCAUGAGUCA